AUGCCAGGCCGCACACUACCGACACUGCCCAGUGCAGAGGUCGCUUCACACAACACCGCAAAGUCGUGCUAUGUAACGAUUGGGACAAAGGUGUACGAUAUCACACCCUUUCUGGACGAUCACCCCGGUGGCGGCGACCUCAUUCUGGACUAUGCUGGACAGGAUGUCAAAGAGGCGAUGGAAGACGUAAUCUCACAUGCACACAGCGAGAGCGCAUGGGAGAUUCUCGACGAUUACCUGAUCGGUUUCGUUGCGACAGAGAAGGUCUUGGAAGCGGUGAAGCACAGUGACGACCCGUUCAGCGUACUACCCAUGGAGCCAAAUUCAAAGGGAAUGAAGGAGCUGGACAAGAGCAACAAUGGUGCAGUGUCAGAAGUGGAAGCCCGGGAUCAAGUUGUGGCGAACGGCAAGGGAGAGGGCAAGGCAGUGUACGAGUCGACGGGAAUGAGUUCAGAGGCAGAUCUCAGUAAGGAAACCGACUUGACGCAGGACUACACCAAGCACAAGUUCCUGGACUUGAACAAGCCUCUGCUUAUGCAGGUUUGGUUCGGCGGCUUCAGCAAGAAGUUCUACCUCGAGCAGGUGCAUCGACCACGACACUACAAAGGUGGGGAGAGUGCACCACUAUUUGGCAACUUUCUCGAGCCUCUCACCAAGACGCCCUGGUGGGUUGUCCCCAUGGUAUGGCUCCCUCCCGUGGCUUUCGGAACAGUGCUAUCUGGCAUCCAUUUGGGCUUCCCCGCGCUCCCCUUGUACUGGGCUGUUGGACUGUGCAUAUGGACGCUGGUCGAGUACGGCCUACAUCGCUGCCUCUUCCACCUUGACGACCACCUCCCAGAUAACAGAGUUGCCAUCACACUGCACUUCCUACUUCAUGGAAUCCACCACUACCUUCCGAUGGACCGACUACGCCUUGUCAUGCCACCAACACUUUUCAUUAUGCUGGCAACACCCUUUUGGAAGCUUGCUCACACCGUCUUCUUCUACAAUUGGUAUGCUGCGACCGCGGUAUAUUGCGGUGGCAUCUUCGGAUACAUCUGCUAUGAUCUGACUCAUUACUUCCUACACCACAAAACCCUUCCGGCCUACUGGCGCGAAUUGAAGAAGUACCAUCUCCAGCAUCACUUCAUGGACUAUGAGAAUGGGUUUGGUGUCACCAGCCGGUUCUGGGACAGAAUCUUCGGCACAGAGUUGGCUCCACCGCCGACGCCAAAGGUGCUCAAGACGACAUGA